GUGACAUCAGUUUGUAAAUUAUUUCAAAUGUUUUCUUGUAGUCACAUAAAUCAUUAUCAUCCAUAUUGUUUCAUAACACUGGUCACUAUUAAAUUUAUCAUUAAAGAUUAUGAUGUAUAUUGGUCGGAACAGCAUAGACUAUUUCUUCUAGUACAAGAAACAAAAUUUUAUGUUGACUGAACACUAAAGGAUCGUUCAAAGUUCAACUAUCCAGUUAAAAAAACACAAUACCUACAAAAUAAAGAAAUAUAUUUGUUAAUAUAAUCUUCAAUAGUUGAGGUCAUGAGCCGCUUGAAGCUGGACCAUUAUGGAAAACCUGGAAGCACUGGACGACCGUUUCGUCCUAUUGGAAUUACUACAAUCUCCACAAAACCCGCUUCUGAUACUAAUAUAAACUUCAUAAAAACUCUGAAAACAGGCCAAUUCAAAGAUCGGAAAUAUUUACGUUCUAAAAGCUAUAGAAGUAACCAGAAUAUAGCUUUUAAUCGUUUGCUACAUUCCAUUCCAUGGAUUACUGAUGUUUUAACUCAUAGAAUAAAGUAUGAUAUCGAGGUCAUAGAAACUAAACAGAUAAUUUAUACGAACUAUAUGAGCGAACAAGAACAACCUGAACCGAAAGUAUGAUAUUCAACUAGCAACUACUUGGCAAAUAUGCCUUAACAGGUAUUUGGUCCCUUUCUCUAUCCAACCUGUUUAUUUCACAUGCAUCAUUAUGUUGACGGAAAUCGGUGUGAGCUAUUUUUAGCAAUAGUUUCAUGUAAUUGAUGAUUCUCAUUUUUAUUUGCACAUCAAUGAUUCAGAAACAAUUGUCAACCUACAACUUGCAACUUUAUUUAUUCCUUCAUAUUAACACCGAAUAUCAAUCAUUACUAACUCAAUCAUACACACACACACACAAAUUUUGUUUCAGUCGUGAAAAUUUUACAGAAUUCGCAUUUAACUGACUCAUGUUAUGGUGUUUACUAAAGUCGACAUCCAAAUAUGAUUGCAUUAGCACGGUAUAGACUUGAUCUGAUUUGAUUGUUAACACGCUAUAUCAUCAUACUUUGGUAAUUUUGAUUAUCACCCUGAAGAAGUCCAGACAAGUUGGUUGGACGAAACAUCGGAAUUAUUUUAAAUUUCAUACUUUGAAAUUAUUUCAAAUAUGAUUUUGCACAAAUAAUAAACAGAUAAUUUCCAAUAAAUAUGUGUGGUACCCAAAAGAAUUAAAUAACAUGGAACCGUAUACUUUUCUUUAGUAUAUGAUUCGCUAUUAUUGUUUACAAAUUAUAGUUUAAUUGUCCAUUAAAACGUCUAUGGUUUUAAAUUGAAAUCUAAGGAUUUUUUUAUUACAAAUUUGAAGUGCUAUAAACUAUUCAAUAAACCCCCUUUUGAUACUAUUCAAUAAACAUUUA